UUUCGAGGGAAGGCGCUGUACACACAUCAAUCCCGAUGCACACAGAAGGUCAAACCUGAGGCUGAGCCGUGUGAGUCGUGACUCGUGAGCUGGCUUGCAUUCAACUUCGCAAUUCUUUUGCCUUUCUUUUGCGUCAAGACUCAGAGGGGGCAGCUGCUGGACUCGGAGCCUUUGAGCCUUCAGUUGGGGGCAAUUGGAGUCAAUUGAAGCGUGAAAGGCCCAAGCAAGGAGUUGCCAAUGGCGUCCUGCAUCGCAAACAGGGCAGCGUCCUUCUUUACCCCCUCUGCGAUCCGCGCGCCACCCCAAUCGAACACCUGCAAUGCAGUGCUGCUCUUCACACCCUCGUACAUCUACAGCCGAGCUGUCUACUUGUCUAGGUCACCGGUGUUGCUAAACACAUACCCUGCUCAUCUAGAAAAGUCUUGGCUUGGAUCAAAAGCCAGCACAUUUGCAAUGAAUCCGCUGCCUUCAGUUGGCAGUAUCAUGUCAACAAGCCAUGGCAUUCUAGAGGCGCCUUCCCUGUGCCGCAGAGCCUCCUUGCACUGUAAAGCUUCUGGGAGCGGUAUCGUUGAAGAAGUGAAGAAAAAGAAUGAAGAGAACCCUGUGAUAGUCUACUCGAAGUCAUGGUGUCCGUACUGCUCUCAAGUGAAGGGCCUUUUCAGGCAAUUGGGGGUGCCUGCGAAAGUGAUCGAACUAGACGAAAUCAAUGAAGAGGAGGAGGUACAGGAUGCUCUCUACGAGCUCACGCGCCAGGCAACAGUUCCGAACGUGUUCAUUGGGGGAAAGCAUAUUGGUGGCUGUGAUGAUACGAUGGCUUUGAAAAGAAGCGGUAAGCUCUUUGAGUUGCUCGCGGACGCGGGCAUAAACGUGACGUCAAAAUAAUCCUGCAAGUCCUGUGUUAAUGAAUAAGGCCUACUGCAAAGUAGAAGAAAGCUCCCAAAGCUCGUCAAGUAGAGGGACGGAACUCGUAGACGAAUUGCUUCAAGUCAAGUACGGCAAAAGAGUGCUCUGCAUCUUAGGACUACUGUGUUUGACCUGGGCCGCCAACAGUGAUCGAUGUUGAUAAAAGCCGGGGCCCAGUAACAGCGGCAUACUAAUGCUUGCAACUGUACUAAACUUCAAAACUAAGGAUUUUUUGACGUGGUUGAAAUGGCCGUACGGUAUGCUCCACCGGGUUUUAGGGUCAGUUUGCCUGGCCCGCAUCGCGUUUCUAGGCCACCUAGUGAUCCUUUGUCACGUUGACACACAGCGUACUAGACACCGUCAAUCUCAAUCUCGGUUUGGCUUUGAUCUUAGUCUGGCUUUAAUCAAUGAUUAAGUUGCAUGUGGACAUAGCCGG